AUGGCAAUGGUGCUAGAUGCAUUUGCAUCCUACUUGGCAGACUUGCUCAUGCAGGUGGAUGCAGAAGAUCUGGGAAUGCUGAUCGGUGCUUCUGACGAUAUCGACAAGAUGGGGAACAAGCUUCAUGACCUCAAGAACUUCCUUGCAGAUGUCGAUAGGAGGAACAUCAGCGACAAGAGCAUCCAAGAGUGGGUGGGGCAGCUGAAGUGUGCCAUGUAUAAAGCUGCUGAUAUCCUCGACCUUUGCCAGCUCAAGGUCGUGGAGAGUGGAACAUCACAUGUAAAUGUAGGGUGUUUUGACCCCCUUCUCUUCUGCAUGCAGAAUUUUAGAGAGUGUUUCAAUCCCUUGCUCUUUUGCAUGCAGAAUUCCUCCCAUGCUCAUGACAUCAGCACCCGCAUCAAGGUGCUCAACCAGAGGCUUGACAGCAUCAAGGAGCAGAGUGCUGCCUUUGGCUUCAUCAAUCUUGGGUCCAAUGAGGAUCAUAGCAGUAAUAUGCACAUCUCUCAUCGUGGUAAUCCUAGCCGCGAGAUGUCGGGGCCCGACCGGUUCAGUGUGGUUGGAGAGAAGAUCGAAGAAGACACAAAAUCACUGGUGGCUCAAAUCAUGCAGGCAGGAAACAAUAUCAACAACAACAUCAUGGUGCUUGCCAUCGUAGGUGUCGGCGGGGUUGGCAAGACCACCCUUGUUGAGAAGGUCUUCAAUGAUAUGGCCAUCCAAGGUGACUUCAGCAAACAUAUAUGGUUGAGCAUUGACAAAAACAUCAGUGAGGUUGAGCUCUUGAGAAGAGCGGUUAUUGAAGCAGGAGGAGACCACUCGCGGGCUGGAAAUACGAAGACCACGCUUCAUCAAUCCCUCAAGGAUGCCUUGAUUGGUCACAAGACCUUACUAGUAAUGGAUGAUGUGUGGGACCAUGGAGCAUGGGACGGUGUGCUCAAAGUUCCUUUCAAUGCUGCUGCUUCAGGCAGCCGAGUCCUAAUCACCACCAGAGAUGAAGGUGUUGCGCUGGGGAUGAUAGCCACAUGGCCCUACCACCAUGUCAACACAUUAGCGCCUGACGAGGCUUGGUUAUUGCUAAAGAAGCAGGUACUUUCAAGUGAUAUGGAUGAAAACCACACCAAUACGCUGAAGGAUAUCGGAUUGAAAAUUAUACAAAAAUUUGGUGGUUUACCACUUGCCAUUUAA